GUCUGUUUCGAAGUUGACCUGAUGAACUCGCAUACAGAGAAGGAUAUCUCUAUCGCUCUCUCUCUCUCUCUCUCUUUGCCAUUGAAGGCAUUUCAUUGGAAAUACAUGAAGCAAGAAUGUUAUAAUCGCAUUAUUAAAUGGCACGUGAUGUUUAAAUUGACUAAUGAGAAUUAACUCUAACGUUCAGAACGAACAGUCCAUUCAAUCUGGUUUUGAAGAGCGCUUGCAGAUCGAGACAUUUAGGAGCAUUUUGAAUUACAUAACUUUAUACUUGACUAUCUACUCUGGUCAGUGUGUCCUGUUUAAAGUCAUAAUAGCCAACUAUAUCCUACACUCAGCGCCUUGGAAUUUCGAGCACAACUAUGUGGUCAAGAAUGUCGAGGAAUUUCCCACUCCUGCCAAUCUGAUCUAGAUUUCAGAACCAAGGACAGUGCACACCUGCUCCACCUGGGAUACCGACGCGCGACGUUUCCUCACUUCCCGACUUUAACAAUGCAACCAGUGAAUAACCAAGAUGAGAUGAGUGUCAAGAGUAGGCUCUAGAGUGAUCCACCUCACCCAGCCUCAGCCCCUGUAAGACCCUUCUGUGUCUCACUCCUACACCCACUUACCCACGACCCACUACACUGACCCCAGCUAGACUACCUCACCAUGCCCACCACCGGCCUCCUCUGCCCUGGGCUCUGGGCCAAGGCUGCCCCUUGGUGGUCCCUUCACCUGCUCCUCUUUGACCUGCUCAUCUCUGAGGACCUGGCCAGCCCUAACAACAGAUUCCCCCCUUCCACCAAGAGGGAGAUCACCAUCGACGGGGACCUGGUGAUCGGCGGACUGUUCCCGGUGCACGAGAAGGGUGAGGGGGUGGAGGACUGUGGGAAGAUCAACGAGCAGAGAGGGAUCCAGAGACUGGAGGCGAUGCUUUUAGCACUGGACGAGAUCAACGCAGACGAGAGGUUGCUGCCAGGCCUCAGGCUGGGAGCCCACAUCCUGGACACCUGCUCUAAGGACACCUACGCUCUGGAGCAGAGCCUGGAGUUUGUACGAGCCUCCCUCACUAAGGUGCACGAGCCGGGGUUCAUCUGUCCAGACGGAUCCAACCCCAUCCAGGAUGAUGUCCCUCUGGCCAUUUCUGGAGUCAUCGGGGGCUCCUACAGUGACGUUUCCAUCCAGGUUGCCAACCUCCUGCGCCUCUUCCAGAUCCCUCAGAUCAGCUACGCCUCCACCAGCGCCAAACUCAGUGACAAGUCUCGCUAUGACUACUUCGCCCGCACCGUGCCGCCAGACUUCUACCAGGCCAAGGCCAUCGCCGAGAUCCUGCGUUACUUCAACUGGACCUACGUGUCCACUGUGGCAUCCGAGGGCGAUUACGGUGAGACAGGCAUCGAUGCCUUCCAGCAGGAGGCCCGCGCCCGCCAGAUCUGCAUCGCCACCUCGGCCAAGGUGAGCCGCUCGAUGAACCGUUACAGCUUCGACCAGGUGAUCCGCUCGCUGCAGCAGAAGUCCAAUGCCAAGGUGGUCAUUCUGUUCACACGCAGUGAGGAUGCCAGGGAGUUGCUUGUGGCUGCCGCUCGCAUGAACGUCACCUUCAUCUGGGUGGCCAGCGACGGCUGGGGGGCGCAGGAGAGUGUUGUGAGGGGAAGUGAGACAGCAGCCGACGGGGCCUUCACCAUCGAGCUGGCCUCCUAUCCCAUCCGGGAGUUUGCCGACUACUUCACCAAGCUGAACCCCUACACUAACACAAGGAACCCCUGGUUUAGAGAAUUCUGGGAGCACCGCUUCGACUGUAGUCUUACAGAGCCUGGUUGUAGCGAACACAGUCUGCGGGACGGCAAGUUUGAGCAGGAGUCCAAGAUCAUGUUUGUAGUGAACGCAGUGUAUGCUAUGGCUCAUGCUCUACAUAAUAUGAGGCAGGCAGUUUGCCCACUCAAUGCAACCAAGAUCUGUGAUGCCAUGAAGCCAGGCACCGGGAAGAGGUUCUAUAGGGAUUUCAUCCUCAAGGCCAAGUUCGAUGCUCCCUUCAGACCUGCCGACACAGAGAACAUUGUGCGUUUUGACGCCUACGGGGACAGUCUGGGCCGCUACAACAUCUUUCACUAUCACAAACAGGAUGAUAAAUACGUGUAUAGGAAGGUGGGUUACUGGGCCCAGGGCCUGAUCCUGAAUACCAGCCAGGUGCCAUGGAGGGGCCCAGCCGGAGUGCCCCCCACCUCCCAGUGCAGUGAUCCUUGCAGGAAGAACGAGGUGAAGAGCAUGCAGCCUGGAGAUGUGUGCUGCUGGAUCUGCAUCCCCUGCCAGCCCUACCAGUACCUGCUGGAUGAGUUCACCUGUGCAGACUGCAGCUUCGGACAGUGGCCCCAGGCCAACCUAACAGGCUGCUUCGACCUCCCAGAGGAGUACAUCCACUGGGAGGAUGCCUGGGCUAUUGGGCCCGUCACCAUCUCCUGCCUGGGCAUGUUGUGUACCCUUUCCGUGGUGGGCCUGUUCUUCAAGAACAAUGACACCCCUGUGGUCAAAGCCAGCGGCCGGGAGCUGUCCUAUAUCCUCCUACUCGGAGUCCUAAUGUGCUACAGCAUGACCUUCAUCUACAUCGCCAAGCCCUCGAUGGCCGUGUGUACCCUACGUCGACUAGGCCUGGGAACCUCCUUCGCUGUGUGCUACUCGGCACUGCUCACUAAGACCAACCGCAUCGCGAGGAUCUUCAGCGGGGUGAAGGACGGGGCCACACGGCCACGGUUCAUCAGCCCAGCCUCCCAGGUGGCCAUCUGCGGCGGACUUAUCUCCUGUCAGCUCCUGGUGGCUGUGGUCUGGCUCCUGGUGGAGAUGCCUGGCGUCAGGAAGGAGGUGAGCCCCGAAAGGAGAGAUAUAGUCACCCUGAAGUGCAACAGCAAGGACUCCAGCAUGCUGGCCGCUCUUGCCUACAACUGCGUCCUAAUCGUCCUCUGCACAGUCUACGCCUUUAAGACCAGGAAGUGUCCAGAGAACUUUAAUGAGGCCAAGUUCAUUGGGUUCACCAUGUACACCACCUGUAUCAUCUGGCUGGCCUUCCAACCCAUCUUCUACGUCACAGCCAGCGACUACAGGGUUCAGACCACCACCAUGUGUAUCUCUGUCAGUCUGAGUGGCUCUGUGGUGCUAGGCUGUCUCUUCGCUCCUAAGGUCCACAUCAUCCUAUUCCAGCCCCAGAAGAAUGUGACCACACUAAGGGUGCCUGCCAACCGCUUCGGGGCCACGGUCACCACAACAUCAGCCUCCGUCCCCAGCUCGUCGAAAGCGGUAACAACGGUGUGUAACGGUCGCGAGGUGGUGGACUCCACUACAUCCUCUUUGUGAAGAAGGUUGAGCUGCUUGUCAUCAUUCCUCCGUUCUCCAAACACAAGCUACAGUGCCAUCUGAAAUCACCCCCCCUCAUCCAACAAAGCUGCUGAUGACAUAACGCUCAUGCCAUAUCUCAAGUCCCAUUUACAGUAGAGACAAGUAGAGGCUCUCUCUAGGCAGACAGAGGACUGUGAAAGCUAAAUUAUGACUAUACAUACCAGUAUUACGUAAUGUUUGAGUGUAAAUCCUUUUGGUAUAGAUUUAACAACAUUUGCAUUGAUUUUAUUUGGUUUCAGGAUAGACUUGUCGUUGAAUGCACUUCUGUAUGAAGGGUUGCAAAGGGAGGGUAUAUUACUGAAAACUUUCUAAGUUUACCAGUACACUACCAGAAUUUUGGUCAUUUUCAGGUUUCU